AUUUUUAAAAAUCUCAAAAUGAGGAUCACAGCUGAGCUUAUGUCCAAGUCGAACCAAUUCCUUAACGCUGUUGGGGAAUUUCAUAUUGACUUGAGAGGCUUGAAGAUACCGUAUAUUGAAAAUUUGGCACUAAGUAAGGACCAAUUUGGAUGAAUUGACCUGACUGAGAAUGACCUUGUCCAUAUCCCUAUCCUUCCGGAGCUUAAAAGACUGAAAACAAUGAUACUUUCUGAUAAUAGAAUCUCUACCAUUGAGCCUGGCUUUUCAGAGAAAUGUAAAGGAAUUGAGAACAUUGUUUUGAUGAAUAACAAGAUAGCUGAUUUUAGUGAGAUAGACAAUCUCUCAGGCUGUAAAGGUUUGAAAAGACUUGCUCUGCACGGAAAUAUCGUUACAAAGCAAGAACACUACCGCUUAUACUGUAUUUCCAAAAUUCCUUCACUCAAGAUCCUUGACUUUGGAAAAGUGACUCUCAAAGAAAGAGUAGCCGCCAGAGAAAUGUUCGGAGAGAUCAAAGGCCAAGAAUUCGUAGAAGAGCUUAAGAAAAAGCAGAAGAUUCUAAAAGAGAAAUCCAAAAUGACCAAAGAAGGCAAACAAAGAAGACAAAGAGCAAUUGAGCUUAAACAGAUGAUCGAGAAGGCAGAGACCCUCGAAGAGAUCAUGCAGAUUGAGAAAGAGAUGAACGAUGGAAAGUACGAAGAAAUCCUUAAAGAAAUGGAGGAAGAAGAAGCAAAACAACAAUAA